AUGUCUCGACAAUUUUUUUUAUUAUGCUUCCUUUUUAUAACACGAACACAUGGAGUCUCACCGAAAAGUCGAGUUAGGUCGUUUCCGAAAGGAUUUGUGUUCGGUGCGUCAACAUCGUCUUAUCAAAUCGAAGGCGGUGCGUUUGAUGAUGGUAAAGGAUUAUCAAUAUGGGACGUAGCUACACACCUCGAGCCAUCUCCCAUCACAGACGAAAGUACAGGCGAUGUAGCCGCUAACUCCUACAAUCUUUACAAACGAGACGUGGAAAUCAUGAAGGAACUUGGACUGGACUUCUACAGGGUUAAAUAUUGGAUGACAAUUAACGAACCGAAACAGAUCUGCUAUGAAGGUUACGGUUCAGACAAGAAAGCACCGCUAGUGAACAUGACAGGAGUCGGUGAAUACCUCUGCGCUAAAAAUGUGCUUUUAGCUCAUGCAAAAGCAUAUCAUUUGUAUGACGAGGUUUACAGAGAACAACAGAAUGGAACAAUUGGUAUUUCUAUCAGCUUUUCAUGGUACGAACCGGCAUCGGAGUCACAAGAGGACCACCAAGCUGCCUGGGACGCUAUUCAAUUCGACUGGGGCCAGUAUGCUAAUCCAAUAUUUUCAAAAGAUGGCGAUUUUCCCACCGAAUUAAAAAAGAACAUCGCAGCGAAAAGCGCUGAACAGGGCUUUAGACGAUCUCGUUUACCAGAACUUACAGCGGCUGAAGUAUUAACAAUACGCGGGUCAUCUGAUUUUCUAGGACUGAACACGUAUACCACCAAAUUGGCAUACAGGGAUGCUUCUCUUGAGGGCAUGUAUGCUGUGCCAUCGUAUAUGGACGAUAUGGGCUCGGUGUUAGUCAAGGACCCUUCUUGGCCUCAAGGAGAAUCAUCAUGGUUACAGGAAGUACCAUGGGGCUUUUACAAAUUGCUAAUGGAAGUAAAUAGGUUGUACGAUAAUCCACGGAUUUAUGUAACGGAAAAUGGUUGGUCUACAGCUGGCGGCUUGCUGGAUGAAGAUAGGAUUCGAUACUUAAGGAGUUAUCUCUCAGCAUUGUUAGAUGCUGUGGAAGCAGGUUGUAAUGUACGAGGCUACUCCGUAUGGAGUAUGAUCGAUAAUUUUGAAUGGAUGGCUGGAUAUAAGGAAAAAUUUGGCCUUUAUGAAGUUGACUUUUCUAGCUCUGACCGUACUAGAACGCCAAGAAAGUCAGCUUUUAUUUAUAAGGAGAUAGUAAGGAGUAGAUCUCUAGAUCCACAUUUUGAACCUGAAACUUACAUAGAAGAAAUACACGUUGUAGAAGAUUAA